AUGUCUUCCUUGAACUGUUUCAAAUCCUCGCCAAUCGGAACUCUAGACCAUAAGGUGCUCAAUAAAAUUUCUGGCCUUGACGAGAGUUUAGAGUCUGUGGUGGAGGAUUGUACAGAGUCUACAAUUCACGAUCACUCUUUUCUCGACGAUAGUUGUUCAGUACGGAGCAGAAGCCGGUUCGAGAGACUCAAGUGCGAAUCACCACGACCUGAGCCCAAUGUCCUUGUCCGAACCCUGAAAACCGGUUCACUCUCCAAACGCCAUCGGUUGACAUUAAGAGGUUCUGGCACUUACAAUCCCUCUCCCAUGCUCGGUUGUGUGAAAGGAAGCUCUCAUAGGGUUGAUGCACAUGAGCUGAAGAGAAACAAGAAAAUGACUUCUAACAGUUGCGAUACAGCGGAUCUGAAAUCUCGGGUGGAGGGGAAUGGAAAUACUCUUAAUUGUCUUGUAAGGAGUCACUCGGAUUCGACUUGCUUGGCGGAUAAGGCAAUAAAAUCGCCGGGACGCAACACCAAUGCGUCGGUUAACCAGUUACAGCCUGACUUUCAAUUAACUACUUCUAUUAGUGGAAAGGUAACGGUUGGCGGUGGUUCUGGCAUUGGUCCGCCCAAUAAUACCGUCUAUUCGCCAAUUUACCCCGAUCUUGCCGUUUCGAAUUUUCGAUUUGGGCCAACAAAUCCAUAUAUCAAUCAUUGCGAUUUCCCUGGGUCAACACAGAGUGGCCUAGUUAGCGGCUUCAUUGGUACAUCGAAUGCGAGUUUGGGAGACAAUGCCAACCAUCCAAGUUUUCAUGGGUUUUCUUAUCCUUCACCCCAACUGAGUACCCAUUCAUUGAUGCUGCAGUGCUCCCAUCCGAGCACCUACGCGGAUGUCUUUCAACAACGUCGCUGUUCACUGGAUGUCUGUCCUGUCAAUGAGGAACUAUCUCCACACACAAUUGGGCAUCGACAAGGCCCCGAGGGCACUUACAACCAGACAAUGAGGGGCAAGUUCCCUGCUCAGUUGUCGUCUCCCUCAAUGUCCCCUGCCAUCUUCUCUCCAAACUAUUCCUACCAAUCCCACUCCUUUCCGUACAAGCCUCAAAGUCCCCCUGCAGAGGAAGCUCCCGCGGCUCCGAUUCCCUCCCGGCGACAUCUAAGCAGUCACCCGCAGUCGUCAUCGCCCAACAUCAAGCCGCUGCCGCAGAGGAAUCAUUCUCUUCCAUUAAAGUCAUCUGGCGUCGCGCAGAUGCCUUCUGGCAGAGGCACCGCAUUCCGAAAACCGACAGAUUCCCAUAGGCCCCCUUCUUACGACUCAGUAAGAGCGGUCGGUCAGUCUGAGCGGUUCACGACCACCGUUUUCUCUCCGCUGAACUGA